UGGCUGUAACUUGUGAACUGUUUAGCUAACCAUUCCAUUCAGCCUCAGACGCGGAUCGGCAUCGGCAGUGCAGACAUCGGAGUCUUGGCAAAAACUCCGAUUUUUGGAAGUUAAUCGUGCUUUUUUUUGAAGAGGAAUCUGUUUUCUUCAUUGCUGUCUAUCAUGCCUUGCCAUAACAAGCGGAAAACCCGCAAACUUCGCGGUCAUGUCAGCCACGGCCACGGUCGUAUUGGGAAGCACAGGAAGCAUUCCGGAGGUCGUGGUAACGCUGGUGGCCAGCAUCAUCACAGGAUAAACUUCGAUAAAUACCAUCCAGGUUAUUUUGGAAAGGUGGGCAUGAGGCACUACCAUCUGAACCGGAAUCACGAAUAUUGCCCUACCCUGAAUGUGGAUCGCAUCUGGACGUUAUUGUCGGAUCAGGCCAAGCAGAAGGCCCACGAACGUCAAGAUGGCAAAGCUCCGGUCAUUGAUUUGACUCGCGCCGGAUAUCAUAAGGUUCUGGGCAAGGGGAAUAUUCCUAAGAUCCCUGUUAUUGUCAAAGCCAAGUUUUUCAGUCGGUUGGCCGAAGAGAAGAUCAAACGUGUUGGUGGUGCUUGCGUUUUAGUUGCUUAAGCCGGAGCCGAUGCUAAUAAAGUACUUUCGUGUU